CGCCUUGGCCCGUCAGCUGAGAUGGUAAUGAUGGACAGGAUGUUUAUUCAGGAAGAGAAGAUCUCUCUGGGACAGGACCGCAUCCUCGCCAGAGACAGACCUGAGGAGUAUGUAGCCAACUCAAGGAUGAUUGAGAGUGGAGCUGCCAACAUGGCCCAGUCCAAGCCUCAGCUACAGUCCCAGCUCCACCAUAAGCCUCAGCUACAGUCCCAGCUCCACCAUAAGCCUCAGCUACAGUCCCAGCUCCACCAUAAGCCUCAGCUACAGCCUCAGCCCCACCAUAAGCCUCAGCCCCAUCCUGACCCUCAGCCCCUGUCCCAUCCUCAGCCCCUGUCCCUGUCCCAUCCUCAGCCCCUGUCCCUGUCCCUGUCCCAUCCUCAGCCCCAUCCUCGGCUCCAUUCCGAGCCCCAGCUCCAGUCCGAGCCUCAUCCUCAGCCCCUGUCCCAGCUCCAGUCCCAGCCCCAUCCUGAACCCCAGCCCCAUCCUCAGCCCCUGUCCCAGCUCCAGUCCCAGCCCCAUCCUCAGCCCCUGUCCCAGCCCCAUCCUGAACCCCUGUCCCAGCCCCAUCCUGAACCCCUGUCCCAGCCCCAUCCUGAACCCCAGCCCCAUCCUCAGCCCCUGUCCCAGCCCCAUCCUGAACCCCAGCCCCAUCCUCAGCCCCGUUCCCAGCCUCAGCCCCAGUGGUUUGAGCCCAGCCCCGUAAGGAGUGGUGUUGCCCCUGCUCCGGCCCCAACACUGAUCCCGGACCACUUCCCCUCCACCAAGCUGGUGAUAAAGCAGGGAGGAGCGGGGGCGUCUGUCUCCUGGUCCAGCUCCCCAGCUCCUGUGGCCAGGCCGGGGUCAGGGGUUAGACAGACAGCCGACACCCAGAGUCACAGCUCCUCCUUCAGCCGCGCUCCUCCAUCUCCCUCCCGUCACUCACCCCACCACCCUUUCUCCUCCUCUCGUCCAGCUGAGGAUGAUGAUACUCUCCCCCGGAGGACCAGUAAACCCCCCAUGAAGACGUACGCCGCCCGCCCACGCAUCGGCUUGAAGCUCAAGAUCAAGCAGGAGGCGGGGUUUAGUAAGGUGGUGCAUAACACCGCCCUCGACCCGGUCCACACACCAUCCACACCCAACCCUAAGCCACAGCCACUCCAUACCACCCUGCCCCAACCGGCACCGGCACUCCCUACCACACGACCCCAACCGACGCCGGCACUCCCUACCACACGACCCCAACCGACGCCGGCACUCCCUACCACACGACCCCAACCGACGCCGGCACUCCCUACCACACGACCCCAACCGACACCGGCACUCCCUACCACACGACCCCAACCGGCACCGGCACUCCCUACCACACGACCCCAACCGACGCCGGCACUCCCUACCACACGACCCCAACCGACGCCGGCACUCCCUACCACACGACCCCAACCGACGCCGGCACUCCCUACCACACGACCCCAACCGACGCCGGCACUCCCUACCACACGACCCCAACCGACACCGGCACUCCCUACCACACGACCCCAACCGACGCCGGCACUCCCUACCACACGACCCCAACCGACGCCGGCACUCUCUACCACACGACCCCAACCGACGCCGGCACUCUCUACCACACGACCCCAACCGACCCCGGCACUCCCUACCACACGACCCCAACCGACGCCGGCACUCCCUACCACACGACCCCAACCGACGCCGGCACUCUCUACCACACGACCCCAACCGACGCCGGCACUCUCUACCACACGACCCCAACUGACCCCGGCACUCCCUACCACACGACCCCAACCGACGCCGGCACUCUCUACCACACGACCCCAACUGACCCCGGCACUCCCUACCACCCUGCCCCAACCGACGCCGGCACUCCCUAAAGCCCAAACAGCAGCACUAGCCACGCCGCCUUCUAUAACUGUCAUUAGGACUCCUCCCCCUAGCUGUAACACAGCCUCCUCAGCAAUGGUCUCCAUAGCAACCACACAGGCGACCCCCAGCCCACAGACAGUCACAGCGCCCGCAUCUUCCUCCACGGCUCAGAUGAACGGAGCGUUAGAACAUCACAAUGUGGGUGGAGUCAAGCGUAACCCCGCCUCCACUUCCCCUCAGACCACCUGCCGCCUGCCUCUACGGAAGACUUACCGGGAGAACAUCAGCCCCCGUGUCCGACCGGGCGUACCGGGAGGAGGAGGAGACAGUGUCCCGUACCCCCGUCCCUCCCCCUCGCCCCCCAAUUCUCCUCCCCCACCCUCCUCACCCUCUCCCUCCUCAGAGGGGACAGUGAUCACCAGCAUGAAGCCGGAGAAGAGAGGAGGCAGCCCAAGGGAGGGGAGCUCCCACACAGAGCUCAGCCGGGAGGCCCUGAGGCUGGGGAACUCCUCCCCCUCCUCUCCUGGCCUAGUGCAGGGCAUCACAAACACCCAGCAGCAUCUCUCAGACAGAGAGGAGGAGAGGGGGAGAGAAGGGGAUCAUUGGGACAGAGGGGCGGACAUGGGGAGGUAUAAGAGGGUGAGCAGUAAAAACCACCAGAGGUCAGGUGGCGGCGGUGGGGGUGAUACGUUCAGAAUGGACCAGCAUGCCCCUGGGCCCCCUUCCUCGCCGCCAGAGACUCAUUGUUACAGAGACUCAUCACUUCCUGCUAAGCGCUGUAAGUCAGACUCUCCUGUCAUGGACAACGCCUCCUUCUCCUCCGGCUCCCCGCCACACGAUGAGUCUCUUAACGAGCACCUGCAGUGUGCCAUCGACACCAUCCUCAACUUGCAGGGCCAGGCCCAGAGGCCCACACCGCGCAGAGCCAAAGGGGGCUCCGUCAGGCCACAUCACCACCGCAGCCAGCGACCCACGGCCCCCCAGCCCUCCUCACACACAUACAGACCCUCAGUCUCCUCUUCAUCUUCAUCCUCUCUGGCCCAUCACUCUCAGGUUGGAGGCAGAGGACUGGUGCCACAGACUCACAGCAGAUAACACACACAACAGUUGGGACUGAAGAGAGGAGAGAGGAAUAACUCUCACUGCUCUGACAAGCUCAGUUGACCUUGUUUGUCCAUCUGAAUGUUGUUUACUUUACAACAUGACCCAAUGCUCACAGUCACUGGAUGGAUGGUGAUGACUUUCUCUGUAAAAAACGUAUGCUUUACUCCCAACUACGCUCAAUCAUCUGGAUGGAUGGUGAUUUCUCUGUAAAACCUUAUGCUUUACUCCCAACUACGUACAACAUGACCCAAUGCUCACAGUCACUGGAUGGUGAUUUCUCUGUAAAAACCUUAUGCUUUACUCCCAACUACGCUCAAUCAUCAGUUUCAUUCAUUUGUCUCCAUUAGUUUUGUAUUAUUGGAGGUUUUCUUUUUUCAUUCCUAUUGUAUUGUAUUCCAUAGUCAUCAUGUUAUAGCUGCUGCCUGCCUGUCUGUAUAACAAAGACCUGGGUCAUGUUCAGUAGGUAUAAAACAGGAGAAAACUACAGGAACUUGUCCAAUAAUAAGAGAUUUGUUUUUCUGUGACUAAAUGUUUGCUCUACUGAAUAUAAUCAAGGCAAGACUGCAUAGAACUCCCUAAAGGUUUGUUUUAGUGAUCUCUUCAUCACUACAGAUCCACGUCUCUUUUUCCAUAUUCUGACUUCUAUCAUCACCACAAAUACACUUUCUGGUUCCAGCUGUUCAAUUCUUCUUAGCUAGAUGGUUAGGUUGUGUUUCUUUCAAAUACAUGUUGUAGUAUGGUUAAAUGUUGAGAUGGUUGGCUAA